AGGUACUAAGAUAGGAUGUGAGAGAAGCCAAAAUGAGGAGAGACGGUCCUGAAAGCAGGACUUCCCUGAUCCUCCAUCAUCUGCAGGAGGAGAAAAACACAUACGCGCGUGCACAAACAGCCUCCCACAUACACGCACAAGCGCGCAGUGCUGAGCGCUAGCAAGGAGCUUUAAACCGUUUCACCGACACUGAGACAAAGGGAUUCUAACCUGCAACAAUGGAGGAAAACAUGGAUGAAUCACAAAGCCAGAAAGGUUGCAAGGAGUGUUGUGAGCGAUGUGUGGGUAGUCUGCCCUGGGCAUCCCUCAUCGCCACCAUCCUCCUCUACAUGGGUGUGGCCUUGUUCUGUGGAUGUGGCCAUGAAGCUCUGAGUGGGACCGUCACUAUCCUCCAGAAUUACUUUGAGGUCAUCCGAGGAUCUGGAGAAACUCUGGAUGUGUUUACCAUCAUUGACAUCCUGAAGUACAUCAUCUAUGGCCUUGCAGCUGGAUUCUUUGUCUUUGGAGUGUUGUUGCUGGUGGAGGCGUUUUUCACCACUGGAGCAAUAAGGGAUCUGUAUGGAGAGUUCAAGAUUACUGCAUGCGGACGCUGCCUGACUGCAUUUUUGAUGUUCCUGGCCUACCUGUUUUUCCUGGUGUGGCUGGGUGUGACAGCUUUCACCAGCCUGCCGGUCUUCAUGUACUUCAAUGUUUGGUCCAUGUGUAAAAACACCAGCGUGGUUGAGGGAGCCAACCUCUGUCUGGACCUCCGCCAGUUUGGUGCUGUGACCAUCUCUGAGGAGAGGAAGGUUUGCACAGGAUCUGAGAAGUUCUUCAAGAUGUGUGAAUCUAAUGAGCUGGACUUGACCUUCCAUCUGUUUGUGUGUGCAUUGGCUGGAGCAGGAGCUGCUGUGAUCGCAAUGGUCCAUUUUCUGAUGGCAUUAGCUGCUAACUGGGGAUACCUGAAGGAUGCCAGUCGGAUGCAGAAAUAUGAGGAUAUCAAGUCCAAGGAGGAGCAGGAGCUGCAUGACAUCCACUCUACACGUUCCAAAGAACGCCUCAAUGCCUACACAUAAACACAUGUGAUGGGAAACAAUGCAUUCACUUACCAAACAGACACACAAAACAAUUUAUUCGCAUACAAAAACUUGCAGCACACAGUCAUGCAUACAAGGAUAGCAUAACAUAUUACACAACACACAUCAGUCAAGAAAAAUACAGACCUGUGGUAGGCAGCAAAAUUGAUGAAGGAAAAACAUUGAACUCCUCCGUGUGCUUCCAGUUGAUCUUGUGCCUUGGUGAUCAAUGCUAACGUGCUAAACAUCAGUCACAUUAAGUGAAAGUUAAUCAUAACGAUAAGAGGUGACUUCAUAAAUUCCAAUGGGGACGUUAGAUUAUCUUAAUAUUUGGUGGCUUAUAAUGAAAUCAGACCGUCUGCACUUCGCUCACAGAGUGGAAAUACAAAAUAUUUUAUGAAAAAAAACCCCAACUCCUUUGCUGUUUGAGGGUAAAAGUAUUUAUGACUGUGCAUAACAGUAAACAGUCUUGAAUUGAAGAAAAAAAUAACCAGGUCAUUAAAAUGCUUCACAAAGCAGACUGCGUAUAACAACUUCAAAGAACAGAAUAUAUGAAAAAAAAAUAAAAAAUACAGGAGUCCCAGUAUGUGAAAACCUUUCCUUUGCGGGCCCUAGUAGUAGACUGCCAGUAAAAGUGAUCUACUACAGCAUGUAGUGUUGUCCUGAAAUCCACACCAACCGAGACCAAGACAUUAUUGAGACCCGAGAAAAUCAAGACCAAGACUUUCAGAGGUUGAGACUGGAUAUAUCAAAGAAAAAUCACAAAAAAAUCCCCCAAUACAAAAUAACAAGUAUCUUUUUUUCAUUACGUUUACAACAAAAACAAAUUCUGUUUUAUGUUGUUUUUGACAUCCAGGGGGUGUGGCACUGGGAAGGCAACGCAUCCCCUGUGUUCUGCGUUUCUCACUGAUCACAAUAGUAAUUGCCUGGUCUUGACUGGUCUUGAUAAAAAAAAUCUAGAGACCGAGUCAAGAUCUAGUAAAAUUGCCUUUGAUUCCAGGAUGAGACCAAGACCCUCAAUAAGUGGUCUCAAGACAGGUAUACCAAUACCGAUCGCAAGCACUACAACACUACAAGUAUGAAUGUGCAGUGCCUGCCAAUUUUACUAGACCACCUCUCAUAAAAGUGAGAAGAUGCCAUGGAGCAUCAUAAAAUGCUUAUAAUGUGCAAAGUAGAGUGUCGAAUCUAUCAAUUUUAUUGAGCUCUCGACAGGCCGGAUGGGCUUGUUUGAGAAGUCAAAAAUUAAUCAACAAUAAUAUUCAACCAUUGAAACAAGUAAAAAGCUAUCAUUUGACAUUAUCAAUUUAUAACUUAUUAAAAUGUUUUAGUUUUGUUUUGGAUUUUUUAAAACUUUUUUGUAAGAUAUUAAAAAGUGAAAAUUCAGGGAUAACUGAAAUUACAGAUUUGCAUUAAAAAAAUAUACAUUUUUGUAAGGGCUUCAUCAUAUUGCUGUGUUGAUGGUUAAAAAUCUGUAUUUUAAAAAGUUAGCAUAAAGGUACUUGAUACUUGAUAAAUCCUACAACUGGGUGGUGGUCUAAUAGAAAUGUUAAUCACUGUACAUGAACUAAAUAAAAAUAAGAAAAGAUCAUCACAAAUCUCUGCUGCUAGCAUGACACUCGAAAGCAACAGUCAGCCGAAGACACACGGAAGACUUUGGUGUAUGUAACCUCAUCUUUUCAUGGAGGGUGGCUAAUAUCAAGAUACCACCAUCAAAAACCUUAAUACCUACAAUACACAGAUCUCUCACACACACACACACACACACACACACACACACACACACACACACACACACACACACACACACACACACACAAUUAAUGUGGCUGAAUGGUCAGUGUUGUGCAGGCAGUGUUAUAUGGUGGUGUCAUGCUGUGCUGUCAUUUACCCACAUCAUGACGACUGAAAUAUGGUUUACGGGGAAGUUUGAUGUAUAAAUGGGUAGGUUGACUCACUGAAACCCUGACCAAAUAAUUUCCCGACUCUCAUCCGGAGCCCAGUUUCAUCAGUUGUUUCCUAGAAAAUACUCACAUCCCAUUACAGUAAAUACAAGUACAAACCACAAAUGGCAGGCUGCGGCUUUUUUUUUUUUAAAUCAACAAUCUUAUAUUUAACCCUUUCAGUGACAGCAGUUACUACAGUGGACAGCCUAGCUUGUGAUCGGGUUACAGGUUAUCAUUAUUGAUGCAUGAAAGGGUUAAUAGUUAGUCAAUGAUAUGAAUCCAAACAUAUAUUGUCCACUUAAACUAGAAACAUAUGCUAGUAAGUUGAUCGUAGAUGUGUUUAGUAUUACUGUAUUUAUACUCUAUACAUACAGUCUGACUCACUCGGUUCACAAUUAGCACUUAUGCCAGCUGAUCAUUUGAAACAACUGUGAAAUUGGACUCUUUCCCCUUCCUCUCUGACAAUGUUUGUGUCAACUUGUGAUUUAUACUCCAGAAACAGCACAUCUUAGCAGCACAAAGUCUUUGAAAAUGUCAUGUCAGUGUCAUAUUGUCUUCAAGUCUGUUAAGACGACAUUUUUUUCACUUUUUCAAAUGUUUGCCACAUUUUUACCAGCAUUGUUCAUGUGUAAUUUUAAUAUUGGGGUACAUGCAAAGGGAAUUGGUGUCGUGGGAUGGGGGUGGGCGUUGAUAUCACAUUCACGUUUUCAUGGGAAUCUGCACAUACAACUACACAAAAACAAAAACAUAUACACGUGUCAACACCAGUCAUUGUGAUACUUUUAUUGUAUGGUUUUUGCUCUCAUGUUCAGUAAUUUGUGUCUGUGUAUUAGGCUACAAUUAUACCAAAAUUGCUCUUUUGUCAUGAAAUGGAUUUCCGAUCGUCACUAGAACAGGCAACACGUCAUUAGUAUCAAGAAGAGAUAACUGGGAAAGGGAUCUCGGCUGAUUAAUAGUGGCUUUAUUGUGGCUUUCUAAGUAAGGCUGAGCAUGUUUUGUUUUUCCAGUCCUAACUGGAUCUUUUCAGAAGAGUAGGACUCACAUCUUUUGAGCGCCUUUACGGGACAUGUGGUAGAGAGGCAUCACAGCAGACACAGGAGAGGGAACCUCUUGUUAGCUUUAACAGCAAUCAUUUUCUUUGAUUUCGGGGCUCAUUUUCUUGAGCAUGCCACAUUAACCUUUGAUGGAUUAAGAGCCACAAUGCAGCUUUAUUCUAAUCACAAGGCAUGUUUUGUUCGUAUUAAGUGGGAAUCUAAUUCGUAAAAUGAUUGUAUAAUUCUAAUAAGCUCGGAGGGAAUGUGAGUCUCUAUCUGCCAAUAGAGAUGGUCGAAAGAGUAAUAAUAGCUAUAUUGUUGAGAUGAGGACGAUUGAUUAAUUAAUAGAUUGAUGAUGAGGCAACCAGCAGAGAAACACACACACACACACACACAGGCGCACACACAGACACACUCACACACACACACACACACACACACACACACACACACACACACACACACAUUCGCACACACAGACACAAAGUCCACUAUUGCCAUCACUCUGAGCCAUAACUCUGCUCUUUUACUGUUCACAGUAACAUUUCACUAUUUUAUUAAGAACUUUGAAUCCUAUUUUUGUCAAAUCAUAAUUACAGAAGGGUGUCAAGAAAAAGGGGAAUUCAUGUGAUUUUUUUUUCUAAGCGGUAAUAUGCACUGCACCUUCAUAUAUUCUGUAUAAAGAUAAACAUAUAUGUGAAACACUUGGGGAGAGCAGCCGAGAUGAUUAUUUCUAACAAAGUCUGAAGGGUGAAGUUGAGUCUCAUUGUCCAACAUCUCACUAUUGGAGCGGCAUUUACACACACAGAUGCACAAAAAAUACAGAUGAAAGAUAAAAUAACGUAAAAUUUAUCUAAGCAGCCGCUAAAACAAAUGCGGUUAACGUUUUGACAUGUUAUGCUUUGGCAAAAAAAAUGAAAAGACCACGUUAACACAAAUUGAAGUAAAUAGGGUGUGACGUUUUAGACAUUGGAAUUGACAUUGAAUGGAAAAUGAACACAAGGUCAGAUACAAUGUGUCUCCCCAACAUUGAAGAGCUUUGAAGAGAUCAAACGUUGUCAUGUCGAAAAACAUUGUGGUAUGAUUGAACAUAUUGCUAUCUAAGUUCAAACAAUUUGGAAGAAACAAGGUGUGUUGACGGUGUGUAAAUGCAACUUGGAUGAGGAACAACAGGCGACCUUCACCAGACUGCAACUGUGUUCUGGUGUGAAAACAGUCAGUAUUUUUAAGGGUCUAGUUUUGCAUUAACUGUAUACAUUUCAUAUCAUUUCAUUGCCUGACAAUGGAUGUCUUGUCAGUGUUUUUAACCUCAGAUACAAAAAAAAAUGUUUUGUGCACUUAUUGACCAUUGUGAACUCUAUCUCUUAUUCUUGGUGUGUGUGUGUGUGCAUUGACGUCCCCUUUGUGGGACCAUGUGUAUAGUCUUGCAGCAUUGGUAUAACAUGAAGACGUAACAAUGAUAAAAAUGAAUAAUUCAUAAAAAUGAAGAAAAUCUUAUUCAUUAAAAAAAAAAAGACAGUGAAUCUAGUCGUUGUUUGUGGCAUGGUUAUGCAUUCAAUGGUCAUAAUUUUAAGAAUAAAACAGUACAAAAAAAAUUUAUUUCAACUAGCGCUGUUCUGCUAUUUUUUGUUUUGUUUUUCACUUUUUAGCUUGCAGUAUUGAAGUCCUAGUUGCUAAUGGUGUUGCUAAGCUAGCAAGCUUGUUUAGUUGUUUACCACCAGAGCAAUACAUUGUACCAGAGCAUAUAUUGUAACAAUGAAAGAUGAAUUCUUAACCUUCAAUUUGUGGCAUAUAAGUGCAUGAAAACUGCAAGUCUAAAGUGAUAUUGAUUGUUUUUCAAGAGAUUUGCAACUAUGAUGUAAUGUAUUGCUCUGGCCGCCCAUUAUGCCCACCUCAGCUCACAUCCUUUUGCCUGUUGCUCUCACAUGCAGUCGUUGAUGACCAGUUCACUUAUGGCAGUCUUGAAAAUCACACUGGAGACUUUCUUUGUCUUGCUCCUUGAAACUGUGUUGUCAUUAAAUCAGCAUGUUACCUAGCAACAAGCUCCACAGCUCAUGUAGCCAAAGCGACAACAUCAACAACAUGAGGUAAGAGCAAUGAAAAUGUAGAUCAGAUUGAGUCAAAAAUGGAGACAAAAGUGCUGUUGGCUGUGAGGACUGGUGCUACCGUGGUUCAAAAUGAUGUAAAGAACCAAUUAGGUAUUUUUUCUCGAGCUGGAAAUCUUCCUUGUGAAUCAAGAAUGUCUCGACCGGUGUUAAAAAAGUGGAAGCGGAUGUGAGCUGCUUGCUCCACAUUUGUUUGAAUCUCCCUGUGAAAAUGUUUGUACUGCACAUGCUAAUCCUGCGUCCUACUUGUCUACCCGCUCUCCGGUGCUUAAUUGGACUCACACUACCAUUCCGCAACCUUGGCUUUUGUUGUGGGUGAUUUCAGCAUGAAGCAAACCUUCCGAAACAUAAAAUGUGAUUUUGAGCAUUCUGUGAGAUUUUAUUUUUACUUUGACUAGUUUGUCUAGUUGCAAUUUUACAGUGUGAGUUCUGCCUCUCAAAUUGUCAACUCUGAAUUACAGGAUGAACAAUUUGUUCCUCUAUUCUUGAUUGACUUCAACUCUACUGUAUCAUGAACACCAUCAUAGCGCUAAAAACUGAUAUGAGUCUGCAACCUUAAAAUGAUUGUCAGCGAUAUACACAAACAUCAAGGUUGGACAUUUUGGACGUCGGGAGAUGUUCUUUUUUUUUCUUCGUUUCCAUAGUAGACUUUUUGUACUCCACUCUAGUUGCUUAGUAGCAGGCUUUCUUUGAUUCACUCCCCCAUUUUUGUACAUAUGUGUGUGCCAGCAGCUUGGGCAGACAGUGGCUUUUUUUAUUUGUAAAGACAUCAACUUGCUUGCAAAUAUAAAUAAAAUGAAAUAUUA